CAGUAACACACGCGCCUACCAGACGCGCUCGCUAAAUAGAGUCCCACACCCGUCAAAGUCGUUGAAAAAUCAGAGUCCGAGAGUGCGAGAGUGGAGGAUUUAAAAAAGAUGAUGAUGAUGUGAUUUGGUGGGCGAGCCUAUAUCUCACGCGCCACCGCGAAUCAAGGUGCGAUCUGAAGGAAAGGAUUGCGUGGGUGGGGGAAUCGGAAGGAAGCCUCUGUAAUGAGAAUAAGAAGAGAUGGGAGGAGUGACGUCUUCAAUCGCAGCCAAGUUCGCCUUCUUCCCGCCGAAUCCACCUUCGUACAGAGUCAUCGCAGACGAUUCCUGCGGAGGAAGACUCUACAUUCCUGAGGUUCCCAGAAGGGACGACGUGGAUAUCCUCAAGCUCAGGACUCGCCGUGGCAAUGAAAUCGUCGCCGUCCACGUCAAGCACCCCAAGGCUUCUGCCACUAUGCUUUAUUCCCAUGGAAAUGCUGCUGAUUUGGGCCAGAUGUUCGAGCUGUUUGUUGAAUUGAGCGCUCGCCUUCGGGUUAAUUUAAUGGGGUAUGAUUACUCUGGCUAUGGGCAGUCAACUGGAAAGGCAUCUGAAUGUAAUACAUACGCGGAUAUUGAUGCAGCAUAUAAAUGCCUCAAGGAGCAGUGUGGGGUCAAGGAUGAACAACUGAUAUUAUAUGGUCAGUCUGUUGGUAGUGGCCCCACUGUUGAUCUUGCUUCACGUAUACCAACCUUGAGAGGUGUAGUAUUACACAGUCCCAUUAUGUCCGGGUUGAGGGUGUUGUACCCUGUCAAGCGGACAUACUGGUUUGAUAUUUACAAGAAUAUCGAUAAAAUUGCAAUGGUGAACUGCCCUAUCCUGGUUAUACAUGUAUAUACAGCAUUUUCAAUCCUCAUCCCUUACCAUUUUUUUUUUCCCAAUUCUUCAUUCAUGAUUUUUUUUCAGGGGACAGCAGAUGAAGUUGUAGAUUCCUCCCACGGCAAGCAGCUUUGGGUUCUUUGCAAGGAAAAGUAUGAACCUUUGUGGAUUAGUGGAGGUGGACAUUGCAAUCUUGAGCUUUACCCAGAAUUUAUUAAACAUCUAAAGAAAUUUGUACAGAGUCUUGGCAAGUCAAAAUCCGCCACAGAUGGUUCAAAAAAAAAUACAGUUGAUUCUGAUGGCCAAAGAAAAAAUUCUGAAACAGGUACUUCAGAUUCGCUUGAAUUGGCUGCAGAUCUAUCAGAAGUUUCUAGAAACAGUUUAGAUAGUCGACUUGAGAAGUCUAAAAAGUCUAACAAACCUGAGAAGUCUCGAAUGAGCACCGACCGAGUUGACACCUUUAGAAGAAAAAAGGGUUUGGUGUGGUGAUUUGUUAUUACAAGCGGGGCAGAUUAAAUAAGUCGUCCACUUUUUAAGGUAAUGUAUUUCUCCUUCCACUUGUCAAUGAUGCAUUGAUUCUAAGAGAUCUCAAUAUAUUUUACUAUCCUUGCUGUGUAUAUUCUGAAUCUGAGAGAAGCCUGCUGAUAUUUCUUGUGAAAAAUGGAGUUGUCAUUUAUAUUCUUCAGCACUGCUUCUAAUUCAGUAUUAUGUAUUUGUUGGCUUUCGAGAGCUUGGAAUUCACUGUCAUGCAAUAAUGUUUGAGAGCUUGGAA